UUCCCAGACGCGCCCAGCUGCGGGGGCGAGCUGCGGGCUUUGUCGGGGCUGGGCUGCCGGUGGUGCCCGGGACGCGCGCUGGGCAGUCGGAGGCUCCCCCCCACCCCCGCUUGGCACAGCGGGCAGCACCACCCAUCGCCAUGGGCGGCUCGGCCUCCAGCCAGCUGGACGAGGGCAAGUGCGCCUACAUCCGAGGAAAAACUGAAGCUGCCAUCAAGAACUUCAGUCCCUACUAUAAUCGCCAGUAUUCGGUGGCUUUCUGUAAUCAUGUGCGCAGUGAGGUAGAACAGCACAGAGAUUUCACAUCACAAUUGUUGAAGACCAAGCCACCAUCGGAAUCUGGGACUGUUUUGUAUGAAGCAGAGCUCAUGCAAUUUGUGGAAGACAUAAGGAAAUGGAAGGACAGAUACAUUGUGGUUAAAAAUGAUUUUGCCGUGGAAAGCUAUGAGAACAAAGAGGCCUAUCAGAGAGGAGCUGCUCCUAAAAGCCGAAUUCUUCCUGCUGGUGGCAGGGUGUUAACCUCAGAAGAUGAAUACAACCUGUUAUCUGAUAGGCAUUUCCCAGACCCCCUUGCCUCCAGUGAGAAGGAAAAUGCUCAGCCCUUUGUGGUCCUGCCCAAGGCGUUCCCAGUGUACCUGUGGCAGCCCUUCUUCAGACACAGCUACUUCUGUUUCCAGGAGGCUGCAGAACAGAAGAAGUUCAGUGCACUCCUGAGCGACUGCAUCAGACACCUGAAUCAUGAUUACACGAAGCAGAUGACAUUUGAAGCCCAGGCCUUUCUAGAAGCGGUGCAAUUCUUCCGGCAGGAGAAGGGGCACUACGGCUCGUGGGACAUGAUUAUGGGGGGUGAGAUCCAGGUCCUCAGUAACCUGGUGAUGGAGGAACUUCUGCCAACGCUCCAGACAGAUCUGCUACCAAAGAUGAAGGGGAAGAAGAAUGACAGGAAGAGAGCCUGGUUCGGGCUCCUGGAAGAGGCCUACAACCUGGUUCAGCACCAAGUUUCAGAAGGACUAAGUGCCUUGAAGGAAGAGUGCAGAGCUCUGACCAAGGGCCUGGAAGGAACCAUCCGCUCAGACAUGGAUCAGAUUGUUAACUCAAAGAACUUCCUAACUGGAAAGAUCAAAGCCAUGGUGGCCCAGCCAGCAGAGAAGAGCUGUGGGGAGAGUGUGCAGCCUUUCCUGGCAUCCAUCCUGGAGGAGCUGAUGGGGCCGGUGAGCUCAGGGUUCAGUGAAGUUCGUGCGCUCUUUGAAAAAGAAGUGGAUGGACUCAGCCUCAGCUUUCACUCCACCAGAGACACCUUGCUGCUGGGGAAGCAUCUGAACCAGCUUGUGAAUCUGCCACUGGAUUCUGUGAAGAUGGAGCCUUGCUAUACUAAAGUCAACCUGCUUCAAGAGCGCCUACAGGACCUCAAGAGUCGCUUCCGCUUCCCACACGUGGAUCUGGUGGUCCAAAGGACACAGAACUACAUGCAAGAGCUGAUGGAGAACGCAGUGUUCACUUUUGAGCAGUUGCUGGCCCCACAUCUCCAAGGAGAGGAAUCUACAAUAGCAGCUGCCAUUGAGAAGGUCAAGCUCCGAGUCUUAAAGCAAUAUGAUUAUGACAGCAGCACCAUCAGGAAGAAGAUCUUUCAGGAGGCCUUGGUUCAAAUCACACUCCCCACUGUGCAGAAGGCGCUGGCAUCCACAUGCAAACCAGAGCUUCAGAAAUAUGAGCAGUUUAUCUUCUCAGAUCACACUCAUAUGAUCCAUGUUGAGAAUGUCUAUGAGGAGAUUCUGCAUCAGACUCUUCUUGAUGAAACUCUGAAAGUGAUCAAGGAAGCUGCAAUCUUGAAGAAGCACAAUUUAUUUGAAGACAACAUGGCCUUGCCCAGUGAAAGUGUGUCCAGCUUGACAGAUCUAAAAAGCCCCACAGGAACAAACCUGGACAGCCUUGCCACAACCACAUCUGCUUCUUUGUCAGAACCUCCAGAUAAUGAGACCCCAAGUAAAGAAGUGUUCUGGGAGCCAGAGGAAAAGAAGCAGCCUGAGCUCCCUAGUUCAUCAGCUGAAGGAGAAAGUCCUUCUUUCUCUGGACCCAGCUCUCCUCCUGGUGGGGAUGGGCAGGUGAUUCUGUCAAGCCAAGAUGACUCUGCUGUGAUUCCUGCAGCUGUACAGAACAUCCGGGAACCUCUCAGUGCACAAGUACCUGAGCUGGAAUUGGGGGAGACCCCUAAGAAUGAAGCGCCUACCCAUGAAAAGCCAGAACCCAUGGCUGCCUCAGGAUCCUUGCAGGAGCUCAGAGAGCUGCCGGUAUCUGUGGCAGUGCCUGUAGAGCCUGCCCCAGUGACUAGAAAAGACACAAGUGAAGGGACACUUGUGCACCAAGAAAAUGAAAAGGAAGAAGGAAAAGCCCAAUGCUAUCCAGAAGUCAGCCAGGCUGCUGUUAUCCAGCAGGACAACUGUGAAGAGAACACCAUGGAAGAGAAGGAGGCCCAUCCUCCAGCUCCAGAGGCAGAGGCCCCUGAGGUGGAUCUGGGGACAAUUUCACAGGCCAGCAUCCCUGCCUGUCCACUUGCUGAAGGGCAUCCUGAGAGCUCAGACCUCCUGGAUCCCAUAGAGGAGCCAUCUGGGGCCACCCAGCCCACUGAGAGGGAGCUGGAAACCAGGGAGGCUGGAGGUGAGGCUGUUUGCAAUGCAGAGGAUGGUACUGGGCCACAGGAAGUUGGUACUUUAAGUUCUGACCCUAUUUGCAGCCCCAGGGAGAGCCAGGUUUUAGAAGAACCAAAAGUGCUAGAAGGGAACAGUGAUGUGACCCCAGCUGUAGCCAGUGAGGAUACACAAGAGUUUAAGGCUGUCCAUGUCUAUGAGUGCCAGUGGGUGGUUGAGAAUUCUCCAGACACAGGAGGGCUGGCUGCACAGGAAGGUGAUAUGAUGGGCAGCAAAGUGUGCCAGGAAGGCUCUCCAGGGCUGCCCUCAGAGGAGUAAGAGCCACAAGUUGGCAAUCAUCUUUCUUUGAACAAGGUCAAUCAAGGGAUUAUGGUUAUGGGUAUGCAUAAAGGUUGCAUGUGAUUUGCUAUGAAAACUAUUACAAAAUUUAAUUUGAAUAAUGGAGCCAGUAGAAAUACUCAUGGGACAUGAGCACUGAGGCAGACCUUUCUGGAAUAAAUUGCUUCACCAUGAAUUAUUACUUUAGCAUUUUAAUAGGAAUUAUAGAGGCACUAGAGCAUUUGGAGUAAGAGUUAGGGGAAAGGGGUUGCAAAGAGGGAGAAAGAAAGAGAGGGAGGCCAGUACUGCAGUAAACCAAGAGCACAGUUCUCAAUAUUCCCUACACAUUUCAGUGGUGCACUUUUCUAUUGCUUUAAAGCUUUUAAAUUUUGAAUCAGACUAGAAAUGCACACUCAUACAAAUGCAUACUCUUAAGCCCAGCCCCACCAUUCCUCAGCCUUGCCUUCUCUUAAGGACUCAAAAUACAGACUCCACAAUCAGGCUGCAAUAAAGCAAAGGUCAUGAAUGCUAA